GUGGCGACGUGGAAAUAUGGUGGAUGAGAGCUAGAUACUUCUACAGCAAGUCUUUCAAGAUUUUCCUAAACGGCAAAAACAUAUUCUGCUGGGCGACAGUACAAGACACCACAGGAACAGUGUCAGGUGACUGGUGUAACUGCCAGGUUUGACACAAGCAGCAGUUUAUCAGGGUUUGGUGUAGAGUGAUGACGUCUUGAAGAGAGGCGUGCACAUCAUCAUCAUCAUCAUCAUCUUUGGGAGAUGGGAGCCAGCACCAGCCAAGUGAGCGACCUGGCGGAAAACAAGAGCCUGCAGACGCUGAUUGGCACCGAGUCCAUCUCAGAGAAUGACCCCUUCUGGAACCAGCUCAUCUCCUUCACCAUCACCAGCCCCACCUGCAGCUCCGAUGCAAAACUGUUGGAAGAAGCAAUCAUCCCAUUGGCUAAAACUCUGAUUAAGAACAAUCCCAGAUCUGGGAAUUUCGGAGCGCUGGUGAGGAUCUUCCUUGCACGAACCAAAGAGUUGAAGAUCUCCACAGAAUGCCAAGAUCAGCUGUUCAUCUGGCAGGCCCACAAUGCCUUGCUCCUGAUCCGCUGUCUGCUGAAGGUCUUUAUCCGGGAGAUGAGCGAGGAGGAGCUGCACUUACAGUUCUCCUACCACGAGAGGGCGCCAGGCACCUGUGAGAGCGGAGGCGAGGACCUGCUGAAGGAACUCAUCUGUAACCUUGUUCAUCUCAUCGUGGAGGUCCCUCUGCUGGACAUCACCUAUAGCAUCCUGUUUGAGGCUGUGACCACGCUACUGGUGCUGCUGUCCUACCAGCUCUUCAGCAAGGAGGUCCUGCGAGAUGGCUACGUCUACAACUGCCUCAUGACUGGCCAAUGCUUGAGCCUGACAAGCCGGCUGGUGAAGACCCUGCUGUACAACUUCAUCCGGCAGGAGAAGAGUCCUCCGCCAGACACACAGCUCUUCCAGUCCCAGGCAGAGGGAGGCGGCAUCCUCUACGGCCUGGCCUCGGGCGUCGCAAGUGGACUGUGGACGGUGUUCACGCUAGGUGGUGCAGGAAGCAAACCGGGCAUGGAGGCGGAGCAUAACCCUCUGCCAUUAUCCAAUCAGAGCCUGCUCCUGCUGCUGGUACUGGCCAAUCUAACGGACGGUGCAGAGCACCCCAAUGCCUACAGACAGGCAGUCACCUGCUUCAAGAACACGCAAGACACGUCGUCCAUUCCGUCGCCACAGCCACACACCUUCCAGAUCAACUUCAACAGCCUGUACACGGCGCUGUGUGAGCAGCAGAGGUCGGACCAGGCCACGCUCCUGCUCUACACACUCCUGCACCAGAACCAGAACAUGAGGACAUACAUGCUGUCCCGCACAGACAUGGAGAACCUGGUCAUCCCCAUAUUAGAGAUCCUGUACCACGUGGAGGAGCGAAACUCACACCAUGUCUACAUGGCCCUCAUCAUCCUCCUCAUCCUCACAGAGGACGACACCUUCAACCGAUGCAUACACGAGGUGGUAUUGAAGAACAUUAACUGGUACACGGAGAGGACGCUGACUGAGAUCUCUCUGGGCAGUCUGCUGAUUCUGGUGGUAAUCAGGACCAUUCAGUUCAACAUGACCCGCACCAGGGAUAAGUACCUCCACACCAACUGCCUGGCAGCUCUGGCCAACAUGUCUGCCCAGUUCCGCUGUCUGCACCAGUACGCAGCCCAGCGCAUCAUCAGUUUGUUUGCACUGCUGUCAAAGAAGCACAACAAGGUUCUGGAGCAGGCCACCCAGUCCCUGAGCAGGUCUAUGGGCUCCGAUGACAACGCAUCUCUUCCAGACUAUGCGCAGGACUUGAGUGUGAUUGAGGAGGUGAUCCGCAUGAUGCUGGAGAUCAUCAACUCGUGCCUGUGCAGCUCGCUGCACCACAACCCCAACCUGGUGUACGCGCUGCUCUACAAGAGGGAGCUCUUUGAGCAGUUCCGAUCACACCCCUCCUUCCAGGACAUCAUGCAGAACCUGGAUACGGUGAUUGGCUUCUUCAGCCAGCGCCUUGAGCAGGCCGGGGCCGACCUCUCAGUGGAGAGAGUGCAGGAGGUCAUCAAGAAAGGAGCAGUGGCCUUGCCCCAGGACCGUUUGAAGAAAUUUCCAGAACUGAAGUUCAAGUACGUGGAGGAGGAUCAGCCGGAGGAUUUCUUUGUGCCGUACGUGUGGUCUCUAGUCUUCAACUCGGCCGUGGGUCUCUACUGGAACCCCCAGGGCAUCGAGCUCUUCAGCAUGGACUCCAGCUGAACGAACAUCUGAGUGUGUGUGUGUGUGUGUGUGCGCGCGUGUGCGUGUGCGCGUGUGUGCGUGCUAGCCUCCAUUGUGUCUCUCUAUACAUUUGGCUUGUGUGAGGUAUGGGGUGGUGGUACUGUGUAUAGUUGUUGGAAGUGCCUCUUACCUUGUGGGAUUGAUUGGCUGGGUUGUGGGGGUGUGUGUGUGUGUGUGUGUGUGUGUGUGUGUGUGUGUGUGUGUGUGUGUGUGUGUGUGUGUGUGUGUGUGUGUGUGUGUGUGUGUGUGUGUGUGUGUGUGUGUGUGUGUGUGUGUGUGUGUGUGUGUGUGAUAGGGGGAGUUAAUGUGGACUGGAGUUUGUGCAGAGGGGCUUCGGGACAUGUCGCUUGUCCUCCUUACCCAUAUCAGGCUCUUGUGCUUCCACCGACCCGUUAAGCCCAACCAACCACAUAUCCCAUUCGCCUGUGAGACACCUCACAGUUGCAGGACGGGGGGGGAGCGAUGCACAGAGACGGGGGUGGGGGAGAAAUUCGUGGUGUCUCCUCCAUCCAUCUCUUUGGGCUGUGUGAUUCGCUCAAUGAUUCGCUCCGACUGACCAACAGACUUUACUGAGCUGCACUGGAAUCUGGGUACGUUAACAAACAAAAACUGGCAAGUUUCAGCGUGUACGUUUUUUCUGUUUUGUUUUUCCUUUUUUUUUUACCCUCUCUCUCUUAAAACGGAUGUUCCUGCUGUGUGUGAAUUGUCAGUUGUCUGUCUGUGACCUUUCCUCAACCCACAGUAAGCAGCGCAGUGGACACUCAUGUUGAAACGGACGACGUGGUUAUGUCUUUAACCAGAUAAGAUUUGUGCAGCCUAUUAAAGUCAAGUCGCUUAUCGGUAUGUGGCCUGGGUAAGGAUGUUGUUAUUUGUAAACAGGCUCGCCUCCUCAGUAAGACAUUAUAUGUUAUGUUUAUUAUUCUUGUUAUUACGAAACAAUGCUUUUUAUUAUUUUACGUCUUUUUUUGUCAAAAGUCUUUUUGUAAUAACUUAUUUAUUGUUAUAAAAUUAGAUAAGAUAUUUGCUCACUACAAAAUGAUUGCUCUUCUGCUCUCUUGGUCAAAUAAGUACCAAAAUUAUUUUUGUAUAGUAUUUCAAAAAAAGAAAUUGUCUCGUUUUCUUCCGCAGAGAGAUAAAAGAUUGUUUCCUAUUAUUAAUGCUUGAUAUGAGGAGAGGGGACGUGGACAAUAAUAAAGGACAUGAUGCCAAUCAA